GGCUAUAAUAGCGGAGCCGGAGCUCCGCUCUGCAGCUUCCCUCUCCGGUUGCCGCUGCCAACGAGAGGACUCCCGGGACAUCCUCGCUAUGGCCUCUCAGAUCUACGCCCUCUUGGCAUCGGUGCUCUUAUGCCCGGCCUUGGUUCCCCCUUCCCAGGCCUGCAGCUGCGCACCCCAACACCCCCAAAUGGCCUACUGCAACUCAGACGUUGUUAUCAGGGGCAAAUUUGUAGGGGUUGCUCAACCCGGGCAAAACGACAGCCUCCAGCAUCAUCGACAAUAUGAAAUCAAGAUGACCAAGGUAUUCAAGGGAUUCGAGGCUCUGGGGAACCUCGCAGACCUACAGUUCCUCUACUCUCCGAUACUGGAGAGUAUGUGUGGCUACGAGCACAAAUCCUUGAACAAGAGCAUGGAGUAUCUCAUUGCAGGGCGACUGCGUGAGGGCCAGGUGCACGUCUCCACCUGCAGCUUUAUCCAACCCUGGAGUAGCCUCACCCCGGCCCAGCGCCAAGGCUUCACCCAGGUCUACAAGACCGGCUGUGGCUGUGAAGUGGUGCCCUGCACAGGAAUCCCUUGCUCUGUGAGUGGUGACCUCCAGUGCCUGUGGACAGAUCGGGUCAACACCCCCCAAGGGAGAAACCCUCAGGCCCGGCAGUAUGCCUGCACGCUCAAGAAAGGGGGCUUCUGCACCUGGACGCUCCUGCGGCCCCACCCGACUGUCUCUGACUCUGCCUGAGCCUCUCCCCAGCGCCCCUCCCCUUCCCCCAAGGUUUCCUCCAGGGCCUGCCGCCUUGAGACUCUGCCAAGUGAGAGUGAGGCUCCAGCUCCCCCUGCUACUUCCCCAUUUGUCGUUUUUUGGAAAUAAAAUAAAAGCUACUGGCUCUA